AUGUCUAGCUCGCCAUCGCCUUCACCGCCACUGAGGCAUGGCCUAGGCUGGCGCCUGGGCUCGACAGCCGUCAUGGCCAGCGUCGGCGCGGCGUGCAGGGGCUUCCUCUACGCCUUUAAUUCUGUCGAGGUGACGGGCCUGCAGAACCUGCUUGGAGUGUUGGACAGGCGAAAGACGCAGGGCAAGGACCGUGGCCUCAUUACAGUGUGCAAUCAUCUUGCAGUACUCGACGAUCCUCUGAUUUGGGGUAUACUUCCUAUGCGAUACGCUUUUGACGUCGGAAACCUUCGUUGGAGUCUUGCGGCGCACGACAUCUGCUUCAAGAAUAGUUUUACAUCGACCUUCUUCAACCUCGGCCAGACCCUUCCCACGCAUCGACUAUGGCAUUCCGAGCUCGGCGGCCUGUAUCAACCGACAAUGACGCAAGCAAUUGGCCUACUUUCCGGUCCCACGUCGUUGCCAAAUAUCAGAAACCCAACCUACUCCACGAAUGGCAAGGACAUUGUCCCCGCGCCAGGCUUUUACGCGGCGAACCGCAGCGCCUGGGUGCACAUCUUCCCCGAAGCAUGCUGCCACCAGAGUACCGAUAGCAGCCUACGGUACUUCAAAUGGGGCGUGUCGCGGCUCAUUCUCGAGAGCGAUCCAGCGCCCGAGUUUGUGCCCAUGUUUGUCGACGGCACGCAGCGCAUCAUGCCCGAAGACCGCGGGUUCCCACGCUUUCUGCCCCGCGUGGGUAAUCACAUUCGCGUCGCCAUCGGCGCCCCCGCCGACACGGACGUGCUUUUUGGCGUCUACCGCCAGCGCUGGCGCCGUCUGAGAGAGCAAAAGACGGAAGAGGAGCUCAGGCACGGCCCAGAGGCGGUGCAGCUGCGGACGGAGCUGGCCAAGGCAGUGCGCGAUGAGAUUCUCAAGAUGCGCGCGACACUUGGGCUGCCGCAGGAGGAAGAUGAGACGGCGGCGCUGGCGGAAACGUGGGACAAGGAACCGAAUAAGCGCAAGUUUAAGAGUCCGGUGGAUGGAAGCCUUGUAAAUAGGCAUUAA